AUGACAACCUUUCCAUGUCCAAAACCUUUGCAACACACAACUCUUGUGCAUUCCCAAUCCAUUUUUAAUCCCCUUACCCUCAAUUAAACAAUCUAUAUUCAAAUUUAAUUUUCCCAAAUCUUUUAUUCUUUCAUUCUCCAUUUAAGGGAGCCAUGAAAGCCCCGGGAAACGACGACGACGACGAAGAAGAAGAAGUCGAAAUCUACGAUUACGAGCUCCGAAUAAACUUACCCCCAUCGUCUAACGCCCACCGUUCAAUCCCAUCAUCAUCACCGUCUCCGUCGCUGUCGCCGUCGCUGAGCACUCGUCGCCCAUCUCCUCCUCCUUUUAGACAACCCACUAAAUUCCCGAUAAAUCCGAGCCUCGUCCGUGAGGUAUUAGCCGAGGCGCUCGGGACAUUCGUCUUGAUGUUUUGCAUCGGCGGGAUCGUCGCCAACACGAGCUUAAUGGGCUCCGUCGAAUCCGCGCUAAUGGGUUAUGCCGCCACCGCAGGUCUCACCGUCGUCGUUAUCGUUUAUUCGAUUGGAUCAAUUUCCGGCGCGCAUGUCAAUCCCGCCGUCACGAUCGCUUUCGCCGCCGUUGGCCCGUUUCCCUGGUCCAAGGUCCCGGGGUAUAUUCUAGCACAAGUCGGGGGUUCGAUCCUCGCGACAUACGUCGGAAAAUUAGUGUACGGUCUUCGACCCGAGCUUCUUAUGACAAGGCCGCUACAUGGCUCCGCCGCGGCGUUUGGGAUAGAGCUCAUCGCCACGUUUUUAAUUCUCUUUUUGACCGCAUCGCUUCUUAGCGAUCCGCAAACGCUUGGGCCUCUAUCGGGAUUCACGGUCGGGGUGGCGAUCUGUCUCGGCGUGCUAAUUUCCGGGCCGGUUUCGGGGGGGUCAAUGAAUCCGGCGAGGUCGCUAGGACCGGCGUUGGUGUCGUGGAGGUUCGAGCGGGUGUGGAUAUACGUGGCGGCGCCGACCAUCGGAGCCGUCGCCGGAGUGUUCGUGUACAGGGUGUUGCGGCUCAAAGGAUGGUCUUGUAAUAAUAAGACAGAUCCUUCACAAAGGACCUCUACACAUACACAUAAUGGCCAUGGCCAUGCCUCCUUCUUUUAGCUCUCUCUCUCUCUAAACUCUUUUUAUUACUUUCAUUGGCCAUUCGUUCAAUAAAUAAUGGAAGAUGAUGUAUUACUCUCUCUCUAUAUCUAUAUCCCAAUUUGUUUGAUUUUAUUUCUACUAUGGGA